AUGGCCAGCAGCAUGAAAGAAAAGCAAAAAAAAGAGGCACAGUGGAAGAAACGAGAGAAAAGGAAGAAGAAGAAGGAAGAAGGAGAAAAAAGAAAAGAAGCAAAACGUGCCUGUCCCUGGCCGGGCUGGCUGUUCGACUGGACAGGAUAA